CCCAAAUCUAAACCAACUUGAACCUAAUCCAACUCCAGCCCACCCUGUCUGUGUUCUGUGCUCGGCGGUCACGGUAUGGUACAGUAACCACCACACACUAACACAAGUUGUCCUGCAUUUGACUUCACCAUUUCUUCACCCAAGUGUUGCAGGAUCAACGGACUCUUCCUCCUUACCCCAGACUCCCUACCACGACCUCGCCCACUCCGAUCUGUCGUAUGCCUUUUAAUAGCGAGCCUCCACCGUCAUAGACAUCAUAUCACUUUCGACAGUCUUGAAAUUACCCACACACUGUCCCGGAAGAGUUCCACCAAACACUCGGCCUACCAAACGUAGAUCCUACAUACAAUAUCCCAUAUCCUUCCUGUCGUUGCUUUAUUUAUGCACGCCGAAUCUUGCCGCGCCCGACUCUCUUUCCCAUUUGUCAUCCUCCGACACUGAAUUCACAGUCAUUGCUCUGCGCCAUCAACGUUGAAACCGCGGCCGAUAUAUCUCCGAUGAUGGGCGCUCCAUUUGCAUGUGCCUAAGACUUUAAUUGAACUGAAUACUGACGAUCGCUUCUCGUGGUCUUUCUGACCUGCUACCGACACCGAUUGUGAUAUCCACGAGGCGCGCCGUCGUUCGCGCUCCAUCAUGGACGGUGCUUCUCUCGUUACCGACGACCUUCUUGAUCCCCCGCCUCGAAUAUACGAGCGACUUCGUCAGCUAGCUGGUUAUACAUGGGAUGAAAGCCAGCUACCUUUCCAUUCUUCAUACGACUUCUGGUAAAUUCUCCGCUAUACUCUGCGAACCUUCAUCAUCAGCCCUCGCACUAUAGCUGGUUUCCACCAUGUUCAUCUCAUUCUCUGACCACUUCUAGGCAUGUAAUCGGCACGCGGUGGGUGUCAUCGGUACCUUCGCCUUCGAGCUCUCACAAUGCCUCAAGCCCAGGAUCCGCCCUGAGGCUACAUUCCGGCCGCCCAUCGCCGUCAGAACCCUACGCCCAAAUAUCGAAUAUCGACGGGUACGAUACUCAAGCAAUAACACCCCCAGCCUCAUCGUCCUCCAAUAUACCAAGCGAUGCCGCGUAUAUCGAAGAACCAGUCGUUGCUCGGUUAUCAUAUCACGCCCUGCGAGAGGAGCGGGCUUUUCACAUAGCUAAAAGCUUAAUUGCCACUUCAGAUCCGACAGGGGAGCACAUUGUUAAACCUAUCGAUUUGAUCAGGCUACAACCCCUUCCUGGCGAUCGGGCACAGGUUGUUGUUUCUAUAUACCAGCAUCCUGGACCCAAUUAUCUACUCGAAGUGCUGGACAUGGGACCGGCUUUUUACAGAGCUCGCAUACAAGGAGAGACAUUCACCUCAUUACGGAAGAACGAACCCGAACUGCACCCGCCAAUUUCUCUACAAUAUUUUCUAGAUUUUGCUAUAGGUGCGACCCAAUGUCUGGAGCUUCUUCACCACAACCUUGGCAUGAUCCAUGGCGAAAUUCGAGGCGAUGCGUUUCACUUCAAUAUCGAAACUGGGCGGGUCAAAGUUAUGUCUUUUGGGUCUGGGAUUCGCUCGUUCGAACACGGCCUGACGAGCACGGGAUGGUCAACGCUUUCCAAAGAACUCGGAGCACAGAACAAGCUCUUGUAUAUAAGCCCUGAACAGACAGGACGAAUGCCUGCUGAGCCAGAUAGUCGGACUGACAUUUACUCUUUGGGCGUUUUAUUCUGGACCCUGCUGACUCAGAGACCAGUUUUCGAAGGCGAUAGCCCCCUCGACAUCGUACAGGGUGUUCUUGGUCGGAGGAUACCGAACGUCUCUACAGUGAGGCUUGAUAUUCCUGAUGUGGUUGGAAGGAUCAUACAAAGAUGCACGGCUAGGAAUGUCCAAGACCGUUAUCACUCGGCGAGCGGGCUUCGCCAUGAUUUGGUCAAGGUCCAAGAGUUUCUCGGUGAUGGAGAUUGGUUGGCACUUAAGGAGUGGAGGAUUGGAACCAAAGACGUAUCAUCAUUCUUCAUGCUUCCAGCAAUCAUGAUUGGCCGCCAGCAUGAGCAAGCAGAAUUAAACAAGGUCAUUGAUCGCGUCGCAAAAAGCCAUGCCAUGAACUUGAAGGGAAACACGAACCGGUUCUCUGACGGUUCAACCUUGUCAAACGAUAUGGCCGCUUUUGACGACAUUUCUAGCGAGGGAGCGAGCUCUGUGGAUGGCACGAACUAUCGCAGCGGUUCUUUUACCCACACUGCUUCUUCUGACCCUAAGCUACCAAAGACCAACUUCAACCCCUUAUUUUCGGAUACCCAGACGGUGUCUGGCGAUACAAUUUCAUCUUCACCAUCAGGGACCCUUCCGAGAAUUGCCAGGCCAUGGGAAAGACACCAGUCAAUUUCAAUUGAGACACGCAGUCUUGUCGAUAGCUCAGGACCCGAUUCCCAAAAUCGCCACAGCGUCGUAGAGUCGACAGCAUCCAGCCUGUCAAGACAGCUGGGCUCGGCCAAGUUUAGACGGCGCGACCAUUGUGAGGUUGUCACAAUCGAGGGUGCAGGAGGUCUUGGAAAGAGCUGUCUUGUUCAAAGCGUUCUGGCGGAUGCCAGGCGGCGGGGCUACUGUGCCACUGCGAAAUUUGACACCGCAAGGAGAACAGCAUUUGGACCUCUGCUUAAGCUGCUUUCGUCCCUGUUCAAGCAAGUCUGGGGUGAGAGGAACACGGAGACCCCUUUUCAUCAGGGCCUUAAGCAGUUCGUUCGCCCCGUCUGGCCAAUGCUGCACCGUCUCUUGGGCCUCCCGGAGUUUCUUCUCGGCCCCCCAGAAGCAUCAAUUGGCCGUUCGAUCUCAUCGUCUCUACAAUUCGCCUCCAUCAGAGGAAAUGGAAAGUCUGGGUUAAAACGACGGGGGUCAUCUCCUGGAAGUUCACCGAAGCCAGUUGCCAGGAACCCCAGCGUUGCUUCACAAUCAUCUUCAGACUUUCUUCGUACGGGUACAUCCACCAAGACAAUGCGGUUGAUGAACAUAUUCCUAGAUGUACUUCGCGUGUUCACUGCACACAAGUUCAUCUGCUUCUGCUUGGAUGAUCUUCACUUUGCCGACGAUGAAUCAAUGGAGCUCAUAUCCCAAAUCAUCGCUUCGAGGAUGAAAAUGGUCAUCAUCAUGACCUACCGAACGGAAGAAAUCACAUGGGAUAAAAUCCAAAGCAUGAUUUAUCUCCCUGAAGGCGAAGAGUAUCCUCGUUCGGGCGGUCCUUUGGUCACGCGUAUAACAUUGUCACCCCUGACCGAAGACGAUAUAGUUCAAUACGUCUCGACAACACUUUGCCGACCAAAGGAAGAAGUUUUGCCUCUCGCUUUGGUGUUGCAAUCCAAGACGGCUGGCAAUCCAUUCUACAUGCGAGAGAUGCUGAGUGCUUGCCACCGGAAGAAGUGUAUCUGGUACGAUUACAGAGACAGCCAGUGGCACUAUGACCUUGACAGGCUUUUUGAGCAAUUCCAAGGGGAAAAGGAUUACGACAUACUUGAUACAGGCUUCAUAACACACCGACUGUCAGAGCUCCCUGCAGCAGCACGGACUCUUCUCGCUUGGGCUGCCCUUAUCGGCAACUCAUUCUCUUUUGAACUCAUCUGUCAUUUGAUGGGGGGUGAGUUUGAUUACCAUGAGGAUGAUAAGGGGUCAUGUUGUGCGACGUUUACACACAAAACCUAUUCGCAAGGAGAGGCAAUUGCUGGUCUUCAAGCAGCCAUACAGGCCUACAUCAUUGUACCUAGUGAGACCGAUGAUCGAUUUCGAUUUGCCCAUGACCGAUACAUUCAUGCUUCGGCAGACCUGCAAGAAUGCAAUUCUCGGAAGAUGCAUUUCAUUAUUGCCCAGACACUUCAAAAAUACUAUGGCGGCGAAAACCAACAGCUGGACAACACAGCCUCGCAUAUUUGUGCAGCGGUUGACAUCAUCAAGAGACGAAUUUCAAAUCGUUACCAAUAUCGCAAACUGUUGACGAGCUGCGCCCAAGCCGCCGCAGAGAGCGGUGCGAAGCCCACAGCCGCAAAAUAUUACAAUACUGCUCUUACUCUCCUCCAGGACGAUCCCUGGACAGACGGCAAAGAAGAUGUAUCUUACGAUGAAACAAUGCAGCUCUACCUCAGAGCAGCAGAGUGUUAUCUUUACAUGGGUCAGUAUACCGCGGCGAACGAGAUUCUCAACACUAUUUUCAAGAAUGGGAAAUCACCAUUUGACAAAGCACCAGCAUACGUCUUACAGUCAAGAAUAUACGCCCAGAGUGGUGAUUCCGCUUCUGCUCUAGUUUCACUCAAAGACUGCCUGGUCGGCCUUGGGGUCACUGUCGAUGAUGAGCCAAGCUUCCAAAAGUGCGACGAGAAGUUCGAGCGCCUGUCAAUCCAAAUUCAAACGAUGGGACGUGGCGAACUUCUCAACUAUAAGCAAGCAGAGGAUCCUAGCGUCGCACCUGUCGGAGCCGUGCUGGCCGAAACCAUUAGCGCUGCUUGGUGGAGCGACGGCUUACGGUACUAUCAUCUCACUCUCAUGAUGGUCGAGAUGCACCUCGAAAGGGGCGCGUAUCCACAGUCUGGAAUGGCAUUCCUCUAUCUCGCGAUGAUCGCAUUGUCCCGGUUCAAUAUGACACAAUUUGCGGUGGAGCUAGGCAAUACAUCCCAAGAGCUGCUGUACCAAUCUCGAGACCCUUUCUUUCUCGCCCGUGGUUUGAUGCUCUACUCAAUGUGUAUCGGACAUGUUCACAUGACGAUGCCCAUGAUUAUGGCUCAGAUGGAGGAUGCCGUAGAGUAUGCAUCAGUCGCUGGUGACAGGAUAUCAACCAUCAUGAGCUACGGCGUGUCCUCGGUUUUCAAGUUUUUCAGCGGAGAAACCUGUUCAGACCUCGAAGGCUUCUGUCAAUAUGGCUGCGAGGAAAUUCCUAACUGGUAUGCUGAUUCUAGAGGAGGUUCAAUACUCAUUGCCGUCAGACAGCUCUGCCGGGCUCUUCAGGGCAAGACUCGCACUAGCAACGCCUUGGAAGUCAUGAACGACGAGACACAUAACGCGGAGAACUACAAGAAAUGGCUGAUCAGCUGUAGCCGUAAGAGCAACCGCUCUGUCACCUUCUAUGAGAGCUUCGAGGUCAUACCCCUAUUCCUUUACGGACAUUAUGAGCGUGCCGUGGAAAUUGGAAGUCACGCCGUUGAUCAGCUUAGUAUGCUAUGGUCAGCGCACAACAGUAGGUUGAUACUGUUGUUCCACGGCCUCGCUCGUGCUGGAUACCUGCUACAAAAGCUUCAACUUCCCUGCUCUCCAACUGAAGACUUCUCCUCGCAGGCCGAAGAGGUCAUAAAGGAACUGCGCCGCUAUGUGAAGAUGAUGGACGAGUGGUGCACUGUUUCUGACAUUAAUUACCUAAGUUGGAUAAAGUUUCUGCAAGCACAGAUUGAGGAAUUAUCCCUGAACCAUGGAAAUGCCAUUCAGCACUAUGAGCAAGCAUUGGAUCAUGCAGCUGAGCAUAAUUCCGUUUUUGAUGAAGCUCUUGGCAAUUAUCUUAUGGCUGGUAUGUUCAUCCGACGAAGUGCGCGUCGAUCAGCUCGAGCAGCGCUUCUUGAAGCAGUUGGCUUAUUCCGGCAGAUGGGGGCUCUCGGUGUUUCAAAAGCCAUCGAGGAGGAACACAACCUGUUACUACAUGGUCCUACAAGAAACUACCGUACUUGCGAUACCGGUGUUCAAACCGACUUUGUCGCUGAUGCCACCUCAGUUCAAUACAGGACUGGAGAGGCAGAGGACGGUGGAGAUCUUGCACGCAUCCCUUCCAACACGAUGAACAUGGCCGACCUCAACAAGGGCGAGCGCAUAGGGGCAUGGCGAGGCUCAAUGAACAUUCAGGCCGAGCCCGGGGCGGGACUGCCUGCUCUCGAUAUGAUCGAUCUGCACGCCAUUCUUGUCUCGUCGCAGGUCAUCUCCUCUAUGCUGCAAGUCGACGAGCUUUUGAAGACUAUGUGCGACGUCAUCUUACAGACUUGUGGUGGCUCAGCUACGCUGGCUGCCAUUGUUGUCCAAGAGAACGACAUGGAUACUUGGUGUGUAGCAGCAAGUGGUGAUCCUGAGAGAGGAGCUUCCGCCCAUAUACCAGGUAUCCCUAUAUCAGGAACCUCACUCAUUGCAGAGAAUGUUGUUCUCUACUCUACCCGCUUCCUUGAGUCAGUCUUUGUCCCUGACUUGAUAUCUGACGAGAGAUUCGGCAAUGUCAACGAAUCCUGGCUUCAGAGAAACCCCGUUGGCAAGAGUAUUAUUGCGAUUCCGAUCUGUCAUGGCAACAAGCCUCUCCUUGGCGUGCUCUAUCUGGAGGGUGAACCGGGCGCAUUCACAGAUCGCAACGUCACGGUCCUGCAGCUUCUUGUCAACCAGAUUGGCAUCAGCUACUCAAACGCCCUUGCGAUGAAGAAUGUCGAGAAAAUAUCUGCAGAAAACCGUUCUAUGGUAGCCGUUCAGAAGCGCGCACUUGCCAAGGCCCUUGAAGCAGAGACAAAGGCCAAGAACGCGGAAGCGGAAGCCAAGCGCAAUGUCAAGCUGGCAGAGGAAGCGGCGAAGGCUAAAUCCAUCUUCUUGGCCAAUGUCUCCCACGAACUUCGCACUCCUCUCAAUGGCGUAAUCGGCAACUCGGAGCUUCUUCGCGACAGUGAUCUGAAUAAGGAUCAGCUCGAGAUGGCCGAUUCGAUUCGAGUCUCCGCUGAUCUGCUAUUGACGGUAAUCAAUGACAUCUUGGACUUCUCCAAGAUGGAGGCAGACAAGAUGAAGUUGUACAUUAUUGCCUUCAACCCCGAAGACAUGGUCCGCGAAGUCGUUCGGGCCGUCUCAUAUAGCAAUCGUGAGAAGACGUCCAAGAAGAAUGUCAAGAUCGUACAAAACAUCAACCUACCGCCCAUGCUAAUCUACGGCGACCCCAUCCGUCUACACCAGGUUUUGGGCAAUCUUAUUGGAAACAGUCUGAAGUUUACCGAAGAUGGUUCGAUCACUAUUGGUGCUCGACUGGACAAGGAGACAAAGGAGCACGCCACCCUCACUUUCUGGGUUCGAGAUACUGGCAUCGGUAUUCCUCCUCAGCAGCUGGCAAAACUGUUCCAACCCUUCAGCCAAGCGGAUGCUAGCACAGCGAGAAAAUACGGUGGAAGCGGUCUUGGUCUCAGCAUCUGCAAGUCACUCAUUGAGACAAUGAUGAAGGGCAAGAUUCGGCUCGAGAGUGAAGAGAAUGUGGGCACAACUGCUUGGUUUACUGUCACGUUUGAGAAGGCCAAGCCUGAUGUUGCUGCAGGAGACGCGCAGACCAAAGCUACGCCAUCUGUCGACCGAUACUACGCAGCAACUUCACCUGUGGAGAGAGCGGAAUCGCCAAACCCUUAUCUGGACUUGUCUAAGGUGCCCAAGGAUGAGAUUCGCAUCUGUGUUGCCGAGGACAACCCGAUCAACCAAAAGAUCGCUAUACAAUACGUGCAGAGAUUGGGGUACAAGGGCGUUGUUGCAUACGACAAUGGCCUCAAGGCUGUGGAAGGGCUCCGGCAAAAGGCCAAAGAGGGCAAACCAUAUCACGUUGUCUUGAUGGACGUCCAGAUGCCGGUUCUUGACGGUUAUGAGGCGACAAAGCUAAUUCGGAAGGACUCUCUCGAUGCAGUGCGCACUAUUUUGGUCAUUGCCAUGACGGCUUCUGCUAUCCAAGGGGACAGGGAGAAGUGCUUGGCUGCUGGUAUGAAUGACUAUCUCGCCAAGCCAGUUAGAUCAGAGAUUCUGAAAAAGAAGCUCGACGCAUAUCUCAGCGUUGAGGUAAGGGAAACCAGUAUUACUGGAUGGAAUCUUCACUAACAUGACGCAGCACCCACCGCCAAAACCAGAAUCUUCUCCUCCACUGCAACGCGACUCAUCAUCCACACCUAGCCCCCACACGCAAUCCGGAGUCGCUACCCAAAGAUCUAACUCAUCGCUUGUUCUUCCAUCUCCUGUGGUCAACCCGAGUGCGGGAACAAAGGGGUUGGCCAACGUGUCUCUUGAUCCGAUGCAGGAAGAAGCCGUGUUCAACCAACCGGUUGACCAGACGGCUCUACAAGCACAAGACAGCCCUGUCUACAACAGAGAACAAGAGCCAUCGCCACUAGCCAUACGUGGCAGUUCACCGCACUCAAUGAAUGCCUCUGGCCUUGGCCGUGUUUCAAGUGAUGAUCGGUCUAUAGACACGGCGUCAAUCGCAGACAGCUCAAUCUCUCAGUCACAGAAGCGACUGCCUCGAAAGCUUGUCAAAAAUCGCCGCAACAGCGAGUCAAACAGCGAGCGACCAUCGCUUAGCAACAUAUCCAACGACAAGUCGCGAGGUGUUCUCAAAAAACCGCAACGGCAGAGCACGACGAAUCUUGUUGAAGAGGGCCAGAAAGCGGAGAACAACUCUUACAGUUUUGGAAAGGAUUCUAGCAAACGCAGUAGCCUGACGUCCUCUGCCUCAUCGUUGAAGGAUCGAAUCUUUCCUCAUUAAGACAAUCGAGAUACCUUUGCUUGGCAAGGUCAGGCAAAGCCUCAUCAAUUGUCCGACGAAACAAUAUUCUUACAGGCUCUGAAUCUCAACAUAACUAUCUAUGGCACCUGACCUGACCUGUUUCAUAGCCCUAUACUACCAACAAGGCGAAGGGAGCACCAAUGGAUGAUAUGAAUUUAUGGUCGUGUUUAAACAUGGCAGGGAUUAUUGAGGAUGACUGGUGGAACGGAACUUGAUGUUCAUGGAUUUGGUGGAUUAUGCGGGAGAAAGAAAAAGACACUCUACAUGGGUGGACGAAAAGAGCUUUCUCCCGCCUCACAACCUUCAUGUUAUUGGGCAUGAUCUAAAUUUUGUAUAAUUGUUUUUACUUCAGCGAGGAGCAUUCAAGGAGGAUGGGGGCUUGUGUUGAGGCGCAGGUGAGCGAGGACAUUCUAUUCUUGAUGGCUAAGGGGGUACAUGCUAUAUGGUAGGCUGUUUGGAGCCUUACAAGAUACCUCGGUUUUGCUUUAUUCUAUUCUUCUCGCGGAAAUCAUCGAUUCAGCAUAGAUAGCAUGGUCCACUGUUUUGGGACCCGAGCGCCAAAAAGAACAGGAGAACAUGCCGCAGGUUACAGUAGAGUUGAACUGGCUGGAUAUGAUUUGUGAAAGUUUAGCAUUGCAAAUACAGAACGUUGUGAGGAUACCUGACAAUGAAAUUAUACCUUCUGAGCUCUCAGGAA